CGGAGCGGGGCCGCCAAGGCGCGCAUGGGGGGGUCCCCGGAGCGGCUCUCCCCCGCCGGCGGCUCGGAGCCGGCCUGCGCCCGCGGCGCCGCGCCCGGGGAGAAGGCGCCCGCGGGAGGAGGCGGCGGCGGCGGCGGAGGAGGCGGCGGAGCGGGGGGGAAGAACCCGCUGGUGAAGCCGCCUUACUCCUACAUCGCCCUCAUCACCAUGGCCAUCCUGCAGAGCCCCAAGAAGCGGCUGACGCUGAGCGAGAUCUGCGAGUUCAUCAGCGGGCGCUUCCCGUACUACCGGGAGAAGUUCCCCGCCUGGCAGAACAGCAUCCGCCACAACCUCUCCCUCAACGACUGCUUCGUCAAGAUCCCCCGGGAACCCGGCAACCCCGGUAAGGGCAACUACUGGACGCUGGACCCCGAGUCCGCCGACAUGUUCGACAACGGGAGCUUCCUGCGCCGGAGGAAGCGCUUCAAGCGGCAGCAGCAGCUGCACCCCCCGCACCCCGAGCUGCUGCUGCGGGCCGGGGCCGCCGACCCCGCCGCCUUCCUGCCCGGCUUCGCCUACGGACCCUACGGCUACAACUACGGCCUGCAGCUCCAGGGCUACCCCCACCACCACCACCACCAUCACCCCGGCGGAGGAGGCGGCGGCGCCGGGGGUGCCUUCCCCUUCCCGGCGCCGCACUGCCCGUUACCGGCUCCUCCGCCUCCCGCCGCCGCCGCCUCCGUCUUCUCCGCCGCUUCGGGGCUGCCCUCCUUCCUGGGCGGCGAGCUGAACUGCAGGAAAUCCUUCUACCACCCCCAGCUGAGCCCCACCGCCCUGCCCGCCGCCCUCCUCCAGACCCUCAAGCCGGACCCCACGCCCGCCGGUGGAGGAGGCGGUGGCGGCGGCGGCACCAACCACCCCUCCCGGCCCUCUUUUUCCAUAGACAACAUCAUCGGGGGGGCCGUACCCCCCCCGCCGCCCAGCACCAACCCCAGCGCCGCUCCCGCCGCUCCUUACCCCGCCGGUCAGGCGGGUCCCCCGGCGCAGGUCCUGGCCGUCCUCAGCCCCGCCUUGGCCCCGGCACAGCCCCAGGUCAGCCUGGCACACGAGCCGCUCCUCCAGCCGGCCCAGAACUUUUCCAGUAAAAUCACAACCCUGAGCAGCUGUCAUUUUUAAAGUGGGAAGGUUAAGAAAGAAACGGUCUUAGGGUCGCAAAUGUUUUCUUUGAGAGGUGCGGGUUUUCCGCGGGGGUCCCCCCAAAUCGCCUGGGAAAGCGGCCAGGGGAGUUGCAGGCGGCCCCGGUGGCAGCGAGCUCCUUUUCGUUCCUGAGAGUCUCUCUCCCGGGCGGUUUUGCCAUGUGUGUCUGUCUCUCCCCUACUCUCAAAGAAAAUGUUUUAAUGGCUCGAUCUUAUUUUUAGUUUCUUUGAAGAUUCGGGUUUGGUUUUAAAAGGCACUGUUUAGGGUUUCUUUAUUUUUAAGAAGAAGAAAAGUUGGUGAAACUCAGGACUGA